GUGGCCAAGGGGCUCGAGCGUCUCGCUGCUCCAGCGGGGACAGUCCGGUGCUGGCAGCAUCUGCCCGGGCAGCGCGGCGGCGCCUCUGUCCCCAGCAGCAGCCGCGGGAGGCGGGGGACUCGCCGGCGGGGCCUCCUCCAUGUGUGAGAGGCGGUGGGAGCUGCUCGCCGGCCAUCCCCGGCAGUCGGCGCCCGCCCCAUGCAUCUCUGAGCCGAGCCGCCGCUAAUCUCUGUUCCCUCCCUGCCGGCUGCUGCUCGCCCGCCUGCGGUGCGACCAGACCCGCUCUGUUCGCUUCCACUCUGGCUGCCCGUACCGCGUCUUCAUGAGCCCAGAGGAUGUCCGGGAAGCAUUACAAAGGGCCCGAAGUCAGCUGCUGUAUCAAAUAUUUUAUCUUUGGUUUCAAUGUCAUUUUCUGGUUUCUGGGCAUAGCAUUUCUUGGAAUUGGAUUGUGGGCAUGGAAUGAAAAAGGAGUGCUGUCCAAUAUCUCCUCCAUUACUGACCUGGGAGGUUUUGAUCCAGUUUGGCUCUUCCUUGUGGUGGGAGGAGUCAUGUUCAUUUUGGGAUUUGCAGGAUGCAUUGGAGCUUUGCGAGAAAAUACCUUCCUUCUCAAGUUUUUUUCUGUAUUCCUGGGAAUUAUUUUCUUCCUGGAGCUCACUGCUGGUGUUCUGGCAUUUGUUUUCAAGGACUGGAUCAAAGACCAGCUGUAUUUCUUUAUAAACAAUAACAUCAGAGCAUACAGAGAUGACAUUGAUUUGCAAAACCUUAUAGACUUCACACAGGAAUAUUGGCAGUGCUGUGGAGCCUUCGGCGCUGAUGACUGGAACCUCAAUAUUUACUUCAAUUGCACAGAUUCCAACGCAAGUAGAGAGCGCUGCGGUGUGCCGUUUUCAUGCUGUACUAAAGAUCCUGCCGAAGAUGUCAUUAACACUCAGUGUGGCUACGAUGCCAGGCAAAAACCUGAGGUUGAUCAGCAGAUUGUUAUCUACACUAAAGGUUGCGUCCCCCAGUUUGAGAAAUGGCUGCAGGACAAUCUUACUAUAGUUGCUGGCGUCUUCAUUGGGAUUGCAUUGUUGCAGAUAUUCGGGAUAUGCUUAGCCCAGAAUCUGGUUAGUGACAUUGAGGCUGUCAGAGCCAGCUGGUAAAACUGCUGAAAUAACUGGCACAAGACACUGGACAACUGAAAACCUCCAAAACCUCCAGUGUGUCACUCUGACACCAAGCUGUAUGGACAUGGGCGACAGGGAAGCCUUCUUUCCCAAGCGGUCUCAAGUCUACGCUGCUGGUAUUGCAAUGAACCCUUGUUUCUUUGGGGUUGGCUAAUGGGUGAGCUGUUUAAAAUCUGCUGCUCACUGACAGUUUUUUUUUUUAAAUCACCAAGAAGCUGUUGAGCCAUGAAUCUCUACUGUAUCCUUCUUCUGAAUAACAGGUGGACGCUCUCUUUUUUUUAAUUGGUGUGUGUCAAUGGGACGGAGCUGCAUUGUGGUGUGUGGAUAUGCUGUUUAUUCUCCGUGUCACAAGCUCUUUGGUAGCUGCCAAACGUUCCUGAAAAGGUUUCUUUCUUCAGUACAUGCUGAAGGAACCAUCUUCUUGUUUUCCACAGCUAAACAUAGCUGCAGAUCUUUCUGAAACUAAACCCAUCAAACAGAAAACAACUUUCCACUCAUCAAUUGUACGUUUCAAGAAAUUGUUUUAAAAACAAGGAAAAACUUUUAUACAAGCGCUUCCAGACUUUGUCUGUAAUAAUAUGUGGUUGGAAUCAGCAAGAUUUGAAGGGAUAACUUUCUAAAUUUGCCAGCAUCUUUCUCCAAGCAAGAAUGGGACAUAUAUGGGAGCAUGAGGUUUGGGGGGCUCAGGUAUAUAAUGUUAAAAAGAGAAUGAAAUAUAUGUUAACUUAAAAAAAAAGUCAUGAAGUCCAUACCCAAAUACCCUGGCUGUAUCCAUUGAUUCUCUGGAAUUUGGCAUAACCUGAUGUAUUUGGGGCUGUCACUAAUAUUAGUGCUUUGUUGUAAUUGUACAAAAUUUCUUUUAAGAUGUUUCCGUGAUCCUUUGCUAGCUGAAGCUUUGCUUUUCUCUCUUUCUUUCAUUUUUGUUUUUUAAUUUUUCCGACCUGCAUGAGCUAUGGAAUUAGAAUCUGAGAAUCUUUGUUUUUAAAUCCCCGCAUAUGUUUCAGUAGGUGUCUAAUCCAAAUUUACUUAUUUAUUGGUAGAUGCACUUGAUUAUGCCAAGUUCCUAUCCCCUUGUCUUGGACGGGGGAAAGGAGGACAGCUUUGUUAUAGUAAAUGCUUCCCUAGAGUCAGCCGUUUUUCAUUUGCUUAUCUGUGUGUGUGUGUUUCCCAUCUUGCCUCCCUCUGUCUGAAUACAACAAAAUGCUUUCUUGAACCAAUAGAAUAAAAGGAUAUUUUUAAGCAAGAAGAGUGUAUUGGGACCAACCAAGAGACUUUUGGUCCUUUAGAAAUGGAAGAAGCGGUAGAAUUUGGACUACAGCACAAGUAUUGGGAAGCAAGGUAGAUCAAACUCCAGCUAGGUGUCUGUGAUCCGCUUUUAUUUCAGUAAUGGUGUGAUCAUGCACCUGACACUAACUUGGGUAGCCAAGGCACUUGGUAUACAUUUAGCUUGUCUUAGGCCCUGCAUAGUGUCUACAGGCCCAAUCCUGCUGGGGCUGACUGCCCUCAUCUCUCGCUUCCCUCAAUAAAUAGUUGCGGUUGCUGGGCAUCUAUCAGGAGGUGUGCACGCACCAUUCAGGACUGGCCCAAAGUGUCCCCUAAGAUGGAUAAGAUAAGAGCAGAAAAAGCGAACACACAUGGAUGCCAUUUUCUUUGAAAUCAGUACACUGACCUUCCUUGUGAGAGAUGCAACAUAU